AUGGCAGCCAGUGGUAUGACCAACGAUGUAGCUGCAGAUAGCAAACGCCUCUGCUACACGAAUGUUCUCAAGCUCGCAAGCGCCAUACACGCCAUGUCCGCGACCGAAUGCCAUCCGAGAGACGUACGCUCCCAAGUGACCUCUGCGCAGCUGGACGAGAUCGAGAAAGCUCUCGCGGCCAUGCCCACCGCACUCCAGUACGUCCGCAACGCACUCUCGCCGAUCAACGCCAUCCCUAUCGAGCUCCUCGCGAACAUCUUCAAGAUGGUCGUCGAGCCCGCACAGUCCUUCCCCCACUCAUACACCACCAACCCGGACCCCAUCGACGGUAUGCACGUGUCCCAGGUGUGUCGCCACUGGCGGAGCGUCGCCUUCGCGUUCCCGGACUUGUGGUCGACGGUCGACACUGCGCGCCCGAUGUCGGUCAAUGCGAUGCUCCACCGCGCUCGCGGAGCGCCGCUGAAGGUGAUCAUGCGCGACCGCGUGAGCGACGACUGUGUCGUGCCUUGUCUGAAGGACACUGGAGUCUUGAUGGACAUCGUGGACGAGUCGCACCGGAUCGAGGAGCUGCACGUCGAGCCGAAGUUUGCCUACGGGAGUCUGCUGAUCGAACGCUUCAACCAGCCGGCGCCGAACCUGCGUGCGCUCACCAUCAACCACGUCCAAGGACCCAUAAGCAACUCCUUCCUGCCCAAGCUGUUCGACGGAUGCACGCCACGGCUGGAGCGCCUCACCAUGGGAGGCUUCACGUACUGGCGAGGAAACUCGUUCAGCAACCUUACUCACCUAUGCUUGCACGACCAUGCCCCCGAGAACCGGCGCCCUCUGUCUUCGUUGCUGCAGCUUCUCGAGUCUUGUCCCUACCUCGACGAGCUCGCCCUCGUCGCGGCCGACCUCAACCUCGAAGUCGAACGCGACCAGAGUUUGUUCAACACCGUCCUGCAGCCCGCAGUGCUGCCGUGCCUGCGUACGCUCGACAUCGGCCACUCGUUCUCUCCCCAGGCUACCGCGCGGCUCCUCUCGCACCUCAUACUUCCGCCGCACACCGCGAUCAACAUCUGGGCGCCGGCGUCGGCGCACUUCUUCGGCAAGAUCAACGGAGCGAGGCUGGCGAACUUGAUCCCGGACGAUAUCAUCAAGCUUGGGCCUCUGCGGACGCUGCACGCUGUCCGGAUCCUGGAUCACAAGCAUGCUGAGCGGCUCGCUGGUGUGAAAAGGCUGGGCGACAAGACGAUGGACGUACUCUCUGUACAUGACGGCGUCCUUCACCUCAUCAGCAACUUCUGGAGCCAGGACGUUCUGGAGGGCCUUGUCAAGAAGCUGCACGCACAGGACAUCCGCGAGAUCACGCUUGCGGUGGACGCUGGGGAGUUCCUGUCGUCCGACGCAUGGAUGAGAGUGCUGAAGCGGACCGAUGGCCUGACGAAGCUCACCGUCCUGCCCAAGUGUUCCGGUGCCCUGCUAGCCCUUCGUGUCCCGGGUAUCUGCCCGAGGCUCUCCGAGUUGACCGUGCAGGAGGAGCGGCACUGCACCGGUAUCCUACUAGAAAGCGUCGUUUCGCAGCGUGCCGAUGAAGAGCGUCCGCUGGACCGGCUAAGGGUCCUGGAGGGCAUCUCUACGUCGCCGGGCUCUCCCCAGCUAGACGACUACACGGAGCGGCAUCUGCGGGAAUGUGUCAGGAAGCUAGAAUAUAAGCCGACAACGUUCGACGAGAAGGAACUAGCGCCUACGGCGUGGCCGAGUGACGCAUACCGGUGGAAUCUGACUGCUCGAUCUGGAAGGUGA